UGGGGACGGAGUGGCGAUGUACCGACGCUGUCUGUUCUGCAACGAGGGCGACGUGGGCAUAGUGGAGCUGUACCCCAAGAGCCUGCGGCCUGGUGCGGCGGCAAGGGACCAGUUGCUGUUUCCCGACGACGCUGAGGGCUUCCACGGCCACAGGUUCCGGGUGGUGGCCAUGGAGUACUUCCCGUACAUCAGUUACACGCGGCAGGAGAGCGGUGCCCUGCGCCUCACCGACUCCCUCAACACGCGCAUGAUCACCCACCUGGCGGAGUUCCUAAACUUCACGUACGAGGUGAAGGAGCCAGACGACAGCCAGUGGGGGCUGGAGGCUGAUGGGGGCAACUGGACCGGUAUAGUAGGCACCCUCCAGCACGAGAAAGCGGACUUUUCAAUGGACCUCACUCUGACGCCCCAAAGAGCGGCUGUGGUGGACUUCUGUAGGGUUUACAUCGACGAGAACAUGGUCAUUUUGUCCUUGAAGCCUCGGCCUCCACCUGAGUAUUUAUCGCUCAUCAGGCCUUUUGAAAGUAAGUGGUGCAGCUGUACAUGA